GAACAUAGGAGGUUUACUUAAUCGAAAAUGAAGAAAUGGGUCGGAAUUGCUGUAAUGCUCUGAAGAUCAAAGAAAAUGUCGUCGGUCAAGCAUUGUCAGAUUCUCGGUAGUAGUGCAAGUGGUCUGUUUAGUACAAAUGCAAAUGCCUGCAGGAGAUCUCCGAUCGGUUUGUGAUGUAAAUCUAGCUGUAGCUUCGGUACCAGAUAAUUUUGAUGGAUCACUUUUCAAAAAAAAAGACUCGGGUCUUUUUGUGUGCCGUUUCAUGCGAUCUGUGAAUACACGAUGGACAGUAUUAAUCUACGAAGUAUUGACGUGUUGAAAAUUGAUAUGCUUGAUAUCUACCUAAUUUGCUGCAAAUUGUAAUUGUUCCUGGAAGAUUUGUUGCGGACCAAUUAAUCUUUGGUUGUGUCUUCCAGCUUGCCUUUAUAUCAGCUCCGUACUGUCUAUCUUCAGAUUGAUUCUUUACAUUCACAACUUUUCAUGAGCCAACGGGAGGAUGUACUGAGGCGCCGCGCGGGCGCGGGAGACCAAGGCUCCGCGAGAGGAAAAAAGCCGGGGAGCAGCACUAGCAGCACUUUGCGGCCUGCUCGAAUUUCUGCAGCGACUGUAAGGCCGUCCGCGGCUACGCCCGGUAGCGAAGUGGAGUACUACCCAGCGGUUGGCACCUUAGCUCCGACCGGUCGGAACAAUGACGGGGGCAUCGCCCAACAGGACGAUGCGGAGUUUAAGGGGAGUUCGACCCUCGUUUCCACAACGAGGGGCUCUUUUGUGGUGCCAGCUUCUAGUGCAAGUAGAGACGAGGACGGGAUAAAGAAGAUAAAGGGCGCCGCCUCCCCGGCCACCUCUACUUCUACCCUGAGACCCGUGCAAUUUGUUGGUCUCGUGAUUCUGGUGGUGGUUGCCCGACUCCUGGUAUCAAAUGUAAAAAUGUCUGGGUCUGGAAGACUCUGACACUUGUCAUGCACGUUUUGGAUGAGCCCUGAUGUCUGUGAUGCAUGCCCUAGCAGCACAGAUUUUUUGAGAGCUUCUUGAUGCCUAUUCCGCAUGACAAAUGCCCUCUCCGCGUAGCAAGAAUUACAUUCCCUUUGGUACUCAUGCAAUACAGAUUUUUUUGGAAUCCAAACGCAGCAUUACAAGUUGGAUUCUUCCAGACCCAGACAUUUUUACAUUUGAUACCUGGAUGCCUUCUUCACCAAGAAGGCGUUCGCCAAGUGGGGGUCCGUCUUGCGGAACGACGACGUCCCGCCGGGUAUGGAUUUCGACGCCACCGACCGACAGACGCUCCAGAUCAUCGAAGACAAGGCCCAGGACUACUCCCUCUUCGCAAAUAACAUGAUCAACCUGUUCUACUUUACGGUGUUUGGCUUUUUCGUCUACCCGCGGCGCUGGUUUCCGCAGCUGUUUCCGGAGGCAUGGCGGCUGCGGGAGGAGGUCCGGCGACAGAUCCCGAUCUGGGUGUUCGCCGUGCUCGCGGGCUUGGACGCGAUGGCAAAUCUGGCCAACGCCCUGGGACAGCGCACGCCGGGCACCGUGCAGCCACUGUUGGACCAGAUAGGCUUGCCCUUCAUCAUGCUGCUUACCUACGUCUUCCUUAAGGAGCGGUUCGUGGCCUUCCAGUACGUCGGCGCGUUGCUUCUGAUUUGCGGGGCGGCGUUGUCGGUUUUCGGGCGCGGACUGAACAAUCUGGGGGAGGACGCGGACGACGGUGGUUCUUCGUCGCAACUAUCGGGGUCCUCGCUGGCAACGUUCAUCAUCAUAUAUCUGUUCAAGCCCUUGUUCUACUCCGCGUCCUACACCAUGAAGGAGGCGAACCUGCGGCACCUGCAGAAUGUAGAUUUGUGGUACAUGAGCCAGUGGAUCAACUUUUUCCAACUCGUCUUCACAAUUCCGCUGAUGUUGUUCGCGGCGGUGCCGUUUUUGAACGCGAACCCCAUCCCGGUCAGCGAGGUGUUUCCGCUCAUCCCGAAGGGGGCGGAGUGUUUCGUGGGGCGCGGAGAGGCGUCGCGGUUCUGCAGCGAACAGAAUCUGGGUUUGUGGCUGACAAUGCAGGCCUUGGUGAACGUUUCCUCCACCACGCUCCAGCUGUUUUUGGUCAAGCACGCGGGGGCGGCGACCAUGAGCACGGUCGCGAUGGGGGUCGCCGUGCCCCUGGUUACAACCAUGUUCUACUGCAUCGCGUGGGAAACGCCCUCGUUCUACUCGGUGCGCCAAAUCUGGGUCGGCUUCGGCAGUCCGAAAGCCGCAUGGGAUUUGAAUAGCUACUACAUUCUCCUCGCCAUUGCGUUCACCAGCACCGGCUUCGUGCUGUAUUCUCUGGCCAAGAAGAAGAAAAGCACGCCGGCGAGUAAAGUAGCCUCGAAAAGAACGAGCAGCACAAAGACUCAGUCCGCGCUGGGAGAGUAUCUGCCGUCGUCGGCCGAACUUACGAGUCAAGAGCCUCUGAUCGAUAAUCGGACGCAAGAAAAGGUGUAGGUCUGGUGGGUCGACGAUGGAAACCCGUGCGGCUCGUGUUUCGGUACCACAGGACUACUUUGUAUGGUGCGAGCGAUUAUUCAGUAGAUGUAGAAGGAGCGACUGCGAGUAAGAAAUGAAAGAAAACUGGAGAAGCGCACUCCGAUUCGACGACGCGUGCUUUCGUGCCCAGUGCACAGGUGCAAAAAUAUCAGCUCAUCAAAUAGUUCGACACAGUAUGCGCAUGGGGGCAUCUGACGU